UGAGCCAGGUGCCAGAGAAGCCCCAGCCCGGGAUGUUCACCAUCAACAGCAGCUCUGGGCUGGUCUCCGUGGCCGUGCCGGGGCUGGUGGCAGAGGCGGUCCCUGAAUACACACUGGAGAUCCAGGCUGCUGACCUGGGGGGAUACGGGCUGCGAGCCACCGCCACCGCCCGCAUCAGGGUGCAGGCUGACGGCAUGGCUGAGGUGGGCAAGGGCACUCUGACCACCCACGUGCUGAACACGGCCACGGGGCUGCCGGCAGCCGGCCUCGCUGUCCGCCUGGCCCAGCUGCAGGAGCCAGGGCCACAGUGGACGGAGCUGGCACAGAGGCACACGGAUGCAGAUGGGCGCUGCCAGUCCCUCCUGGCACCGGAACAGGCCAAGGCUGGCACCUACAAGCUGCACUUUGAGACAGCUGAGUACUGGCAGGGACUGGGGCACACCAGCUUCUACCCCUUCGUGGAGGUCAUCUUCAUCAUCACUGACCCCACACAGAAGCUCCAUGUCCCACUGCUGAUCAGCCCCUACUCCUACACAACAUACCGGGGCAGUUAGAAGGGCACAGCCUUCCCCUGGGGACGCAGGAAUGACGCCACUGAUGCCAUUAAAAACUCCAAACAGCA